AUGGAUGUCCAGAUGCUUUUAGUUGUUGCAAAUGUCAUGGGUGGAAAGAACUCGAAUAUCAUCCAAUACUAUUUAGAACCAAGCAAUGCAUCAAUUAAAAUUGCAACAAACAGGAUUGCUCCUUCUAUCAUCACCAAUAGGAAAGGAGGUAGCCUUUCUAACUAAUUUAGAUAUGUCGAGUAAUCGUCAUAAGUUAGAGUAUUCAAGAUUGUGCCCAGAAAUCGCAUUGUCUAGAAUGUCUUUAAGGUGCGAGACCCAAGUUUGCAGACAUCACAAAGGAAUUAGAAAUCUCAGGACAACAGCACUAGUGAUCAAUAACAGUGGCUGGGUCAUAAUUUGCAGAAUAGUUUUCAAUAUGAACCGGAGUCUGAUACGGUUGUUGAAUGUAAGAAUAAGGGCGAGCACUAUCAAACAGCUCUUAUUUCCAUUCUCGAGCGAACAGAUUCUGAAGAGUUGAAGGAUUUGAUGAGAAAGAAGUCCUUCUCCGUUGAUAAUAUUGAUGACAAUGAAUAGAUCAGAGGGGUCUUAAGGAUGAUAGACAUGGAUUCUUGA